AUGAGAGCGUGGCUGCCUCUCAGUCGGCUAGGAGUCUUGGUGUUAUCUUUGAUGAGCACAUGUCUUUUCAUACACGUGUCUAGCAUCUGUAGAUCAUCAUUCUAUCAUCUCAGGAACCUAUCUAGAAUUAGGAAGUAUUUCACUAAAGAAUCAGCAGAAGUUGCUGUUCAUGCAUUUGUCACAUCGAAACUAGAUUAUUGUAAUGCAUUACUAUAAGGCCUACCUAAGUAUCAGUUACAAAGAUUGCAGUAUGUACAAAACACGGCGGCUAGAGUUGUGUUGCAAGUGAGUAAGUUUCAGCAUAUCACACCUGUUUUGUGCGAGCUUCACUGGCUACCGAUUCGAUAUCGUAUUAUUUUCAAGAUUCUGCUCCUCGUGUAUAAAUCACUGAAUGGUACACCGCCUAGCUAUUUAGCUCAGAAACUACAUUAUCGUUCUCAUACUAGAUCAUUGAGGUCUGUUAGUAAUGAACUUUUAAUGCAACCUAGAUCGUAUACCAAGACCUACGGAGAUAGAGCAUUCGCUGUUUAUGCACCAAGAGAAUGGAACUUUAUACCCUAUGAAAUUCGGAAGUCCAACACCAUCUCGAGUUUUAGAAGAUCACUUAAGACGUACUUGUUUACUAAAUUCUGUUAUAACAGAUCAUUGUUGCUAUAA